UGUCUGACAACGUGGGUGCUUGUCGCGGAGUCAUUGGCAUUCCUGUACGGACUUAAUGGCUUAAAGACCAGGGAGGCAACACUCAAAUAUCAGACUGGGAAGCAGCACCACUCAAGAGGAUCACAGGAGCACUGAGGUGGAGAAAUUUUGCCGAAUCCCUCCAGGAAUCCAAGGGACCCAAGAUGGUUAAAAGGUCAAAACUGUCCGAGGGGACAGCCACGGGUCAAGAUUCCGAUGCAGAGAGUGGUAGAGAAGCAGUGGGGAUCAAGAAAAAAUCUAGGGUCCCCGGGGUGAUGAUUACACAGUUUAUAGAGACGCUGCCAGAGGGAAAGAGCCAUCCAGACUUUACCCGCAAGCCGAUUGCUUUGACCAUCCAAGAGGGGAAAUUUGCUUUUUUCAAAGCCAUUGUCAUUGGAGACCCAGAGCCAACUGUUACGUGGAGCAGAAAUAAUGGAGAUGUGUCUGAUACGUCAAGAUAUCAGACUAAACACGAUCCUGCUUCCAAUGAGCAUUUAUUUGAGAUGCCAAAUGUUAUGCCAGAUCAAGCUGAUACCUAUAAAUGCUUUGCCACAAAUGAAUAUGGACAAGCCAUGGUCACAGUUGUUCUGAAUGUCAUCGAAGUUGGCUUCAAAAAGGACAAAGCUCAGCAACAAGUAGCUGAAGCCGUCAAUGGGGAUUUUAAGAAGGUACUGAAAAGGAGAAGUAAGGUCCGUCCGAAAUCUGAGCAGCCUGAGAGAAAGGAUGGAGAGAUUGAUCCAAAGUUUUGGGAGCUUUUACUUAGUGCUGACAAGAAAGAAUAUGAGAGAAUCUGUGCAGAGUAUGGAGUGACUGACUUUCGCUGGAUGCUGAAGAAACUUAAUGAAAUGAAGAAAGAAAGGGAGGAAGAACAAGCUGAGUUUGUCAGAAACCUGUCCAAUCUGAGAUCUAUUCAAGUCAAUGCAGAUAACACUGCAUCCUUUGAGUUUGACAUGGACCUUAUUGACCCCAGCAGCUCCAUAUUCCUGUACAAGGAUGGUGUAAUGGUUCCAUAUACAAAGGAUUUGGGAGAUAAGAUGAAGCACAGCCUCAAACAAGUGGGGAAAAAAUACAUUUUCAGUUUGAAGGACCUUAUGCCAGACGAUGCUGGACUGUACCAGGUUGAUGUAGAGGAUGUGAAUAUGUUUUCCACUGAUUUUAAAAUCCCCAUGGUGGAUUUCUUGGUGAAAAUUCAGGAAGUGAAGGCAAUAGAGAGGCAAGAUGCUGUCUUUGAGUGUGUCCUGUCAAACCCAUUCUCCAAGAUUCUGUGGUUUGGCAAAAAUUUGCCGCUGGAACAAGGCGAUAAAUAUGAUAUCCAGGUUUCGGAGGACAAGCUCAUUCACAGGCUGGUGGUCAAAGACUGCAUGAUAGUAGACAAAGGAAUUUAUUCAGCCUGCGCAGGAAUAAAAUCUUGCAACGCAUGGCUUGUCGUUGAAGCUGAUAAAGAUGCACAACAGGGCAAAAAGUCAGCAAGGAAAACAACAACGGCAGGGGGAUCUGGGAUGGAUCUGCAGAAGGUCGCCAAAGAGCAGCAAGUAAAAUUAGAGAAGAAGAGAGAGGAGAGGAGAGAACAGAUUAAAGCUGCCCCUCCACCUGAACCCCCUCCAGCCCCUGCACCCGCUCCUAAGCCUGAACCUAAGGCACCAAAAGAUCCUGAGCCAAUGCAUCCUCCGGCUCCAGUUAAAGCUCCACCUCCAGCACCCACUAAGCCGGAACCUAAAGCGCCAGAGGAGCCUGAGCCAAAAAUUGAGCCGGUACCAGCAGCGGAUCCACCCGUUGUAGAGCCAGUAAGCACUGCACCAGCUCCAGCUGAAGACUCAGGAAGUGGCCCCUCAGCUGAGGAAGCCGCUGGCGAUGAAAAGAUCGAUCCACCACUUGUAGAUGCAGGAGGCGAGCCGGAAAUCACCUGUGGACUCUCUGAUAUCUAUGCUCUUCGUGAGAGCCCGGCAGAAUUAAUUGUGAAGAUGAGCAUGGACUCUGACGGCACCUGGUUCAAAGACGGAGAGCAGUUAAAGUCAGGUGCUGGGAUCACCAUCACCAAAGAUGGAACAUCUCACAAGCUGACAAUUCAAAGCUGCAGCGACGACGACUCUGGAGUUUAUCGCUUUGUAUCAGGGGAUCUCAGCACACAGGGAAAGGUCACCGUUGGAGGCGUACCUGAGUUUGACCCAGACGACCUUCACAAGUUCUCCAAGCCUGUGAUCAUAAGAGUGGGCCAGAACGCUGCUUUCAAGAUGCCCUUUCCUCCUCAGGAGUCUUUGGUGGUCAGCUGGUUCAAAGACGGAACUGAGAUCAAAGACGGAGGUGGAGUUAAGAUCGUGAGGGAGCCCAAUCACAGCCGGCUGCUGCUCAGAGACUGCCUGCGGACAGACGCAGGGGAAAUAAAGAUCCAACUCAAAAAUCCAUUUGGAGUUGCAGAGGCCACAUCGAGGCUUAUUGUGCUUGAUCGCCCAGGUCCCCCUGAGGGUCCAGUGGAGGCCGUUGAAACCACCUCAUCUUUGAUUGAGAUUAAAUGGAACCCCCCCAAAGACGACGGGGGCUCCCCUGUCACCAACUACAUCAUAGAACGGCAGCAGGCAAGACAGAAUCUGUGGACAAAACUUGGGGAUGUCUCGGCUGACAAGACCUCCUUCAGAGACAGGAAUGUGACUCAUGGAAAGAAAUACAACUACCGCAUCUAUGCAGAAAACCCUGAGGGCCUCAGCGACGCCCUGGAGACAGCUGAUAGCAUUAUGGCUGGCAUAAUGAUACUCGCCGGUCCACCUGGUGCCCCCCAAGUGGUGAGUGCCUCUAAGAGCUGCAUCAACUUGACCUGGACACCCCCAGAGGACGACAGAGGAGUACCGAUCAUUGGUUAUCAAUUAGAGAAACAAAAGAAGGACACAAACGAGUGGAUUGCCCUGAAUGCAGUCAGUGACCCUAUUAAAGACCUGAGCUAUGCAGUUAAAGAUGUCACUGAAGGGGCAGAAUAUGAGUUCAGGGUUUCAGCGAUCAAUGAGUCAGGCGCAGGAGACCCAAGCCCUCCCUCUGCAAUGGUGUGUGCAAAGAAUCCCAACAUGAGACCUCGUUUUAAAGACCCAGAGGACUUCAUUGUUGUCAGAGCAGGAAAUUCUGCACGUGUCAAAAUUUGCUACGAGGGUGAACCUCCACCUCAGAUCACUUGGUUGAAGGAUGAUGAGCCGAUAUCCUCGUGGAUUACUAUCAUCAAUACAGAGGGAAUGUCUCAGCUUGUUAUCCCCUCAUCAAAGCGCUCAGAUUCAGCUAUUUACACUAUCAAAGCCCAAAACUCUGUGGGUGAGGCAUCAUUUGAUGUCGAGGUUAGAGUCACAGAUGAACCCAAGAUUCCGGGGCCAGUGGAGCUUGAGCAAACAGUCCAAGGAAAAGUGGAGGUGUCAUGGGCUCCUUCACCAGACCAGGAGCUUGACGACCGCCUGUACUACGUGGUGUCUCAAUAUGACACCAACAGCAGAAUGUGGAGGACUGUGGCAGACCGCCUAUUUGCUAACACAUUCACAGCCAAUAACAUCCUUCCUGGGGCAGAGUACCAUUUCCGGGUCUACGCCAAGAAUGAUGUGGGCCUCUCAGAUCCAUCUCCUUCACCUACAUGGGGUGCCAACUGCAACAGAGUUCCAAUAACUACAAAAGGACUUGUUUCAAGAGAGGUCUGCUUUGAGAGGCCUCCGUCCAUCCUGGUCCCUCUGAAAAUCCACACACCACCCAAAGGCUACCAACUCUACAUGACAUGCGCUGUACGAGGAUGCCCUGCGCCCAACAUAUCCUGGUACCUCAACGACGUCUGCAUCAACUCAGACAGCGACUACUACAUCACCAACUCAUUUGGUGUGUGCUCCCUGUACAUUCUUCGAGUGCAACCGAAAGACGGCGGUGAAUACAAGGUUGUUGCAGUCAACCCUCUUGGAAAGGCAGAGUGUUCGACUAAACUUGCUGUUAAAGAAUAAUAGGGCAUGGAGGCUUUUGGACGCGUUCCUCGUACUGAGAUAUUCUGGAAAAUAAGAAAGUGGGAUGUUUUGAUUUACUGCAGAAAAAUGCAUUGAAAGUGUGUGAUAUUGUUAAGUGCUGGUAAAAAUGUCUAAAAUGGUCUAAAUACUAAUUUAUUUAUUUGAAAUGGGACUGUUCUACAAUUGUUAUGCUGUCAUCAGAAAUAAUAGCUACUUAGCAUGAGUGAAGUGAAAAGCCAUAGUACAAAGACAUCUGUCAAAAUGUUCUCUUGUAGCAAUUGCAAUAAAUUAACAAACUGAC